AUGGCUUUUUUUAGUCUGGCGCCGUUGCUUGGUCCGUCUGUUGGUCCGGUUAUGGAUGGCUUUAUUGCUGAGUAUACUACUUGGCGAUGGGUUUUCUACGCUACGUCGAUUGCGACUGGUAUUGUACAAGUCGCAGGUGUGUUUUUUCUUCGUGAAACGUACGGUCCUCGAAUUCUCAAGGUGCGUGCGAAAAAGCUUCGUACAGCGACCGGCGAUUCUUCGUAUCGGACAGUAGAGGAACGAGAGGGCAAGACGUUGAUCCAGUUGAUGCACAUAUCUCUUCUGCGGCCCUUCCGUCUUCUCUUCACACAGCUUCUUAUUCAAGCUCUGGCCUUAUAUAUGGCUUAUAUCUAUGGCGUUUAUUACCUUUUGAUGUCAACUUUUCCGGAUCUAUGGACUGAUGUUUACAAUGAGUCGACGGGUAUUGGAGGAUUGAAUUACAUUUCUCUUGGUUUAGGGAAUAUGCUAGGUACAUAUCAAUGUGCGUUUUUGAACGACCGGAUCUAUCAACGUUUCAAAGCCCGUAACUUGAACAAUACCGGAAAGCCUGAGUUUCGAUUACCCUUACUCACUAUCACUACGACUUGUAUCCCGGUCGGUCUCUUUAUUUAUGGCUGGACAGCCCAGACUCAUCAACAUUGGAUAGCUCCCAACAUUGGGAUUUGCAUAUUUAGUGUGCUAGCAUUUAUCUCGUUGGGGAUGGGGAUUCCGGCGCCCAUUUCUCUCUGCAUGUAUGGCGAGAAGCUACGAAAUGCUAGCCCGUAUUCUACUGGCUAG